CAAGACAUAUUGGCCAUCUGCGAGAUAAGUUGUAACAAACCUUUUUGUAUUUUUCAAGGACAGGAGAAGGUGCCAAAACUAGAAACCACGAUAAAUACACGCAUAAUGACCGAAGGGUCUCAGCAUCCGCUUUCCACAUAAAGCAAAACGAUAAAAACAACAUAAUCGGAUAUCACAAAAAUAAAAUGAAGGGGGCAGUGCUGGUGGUUGUGUUUGCUGUCAUGGUUCAAAGUUUCCUAGUACAGGCAGCAGUCAAUUGUGGGGAGGUGGACCGGUCACUGGUACCCUGCAUCAUUUACCUCCAAAACGGAGGUUCUCCAUCUGCUUCAUGUUGUGGUGGAGUGAAGCACAUAGAGGCAAUCACUCCAACCACCACCGACAGGCAAGACGCAUGCGAAUGCCUUAAACAAGCUGCUCAAAACUACCCGAACCUUAAGGAAGAGGCAGCAUCAACUCUCCCUGCAAAGUGUGGCGUCAGCUUCAACAUUCCCAUCUCUAAGGCCACCAACUGCAAGGUCAUCCAGUAAGGUUGACGCCUGGAAAACAGCGAGAUGGAGAAUAAAGCUACAGACCUCUCUUGAUAGAUUCAGUAUCUUUUCUGUGGAAUAAUAUCCAUAUGUAAUGUUAUGGAUGUUUAAUAAGUUGACGAAUAUAAUGUUAUAGGCGCUGGUGAAAAUGAUGAAACCAUGAAAUAAGCCACACUUUAAAUCAAAUAAUCUCUCUCUUGCAUGUAA